UUCAGCCGAAGCACAGCACAGCACACCCGAGCCGAGGACCGAAGAUGGGCACCACCAGAAAGGUCCUUGCCGACCGCUGUCGUCGUUAGAACGCGUUCGGCAUCGUAACUGUGCGGACAUUCCUCUCUGCUCGCUGGUAGCAGGUUGUGCGGUCUAAAUCCUGCCCACCCUCCGCCACCUUUCAAUUAAGAAGCAAAAGAGGUGGCAGUGUUCGUGGUGGAAACUGUUGGAAAGUGAUUGUGUAAAACUGUCAGCAGGUGUGUGUGUGUGUGUGUGUGUGAGUGCUCGUUGAUUGGAAAUUUUUGCACCACGUGCAAAAGCAGUGUGAACCGUCCCUUCCGGCAGCGGUGUGAAACGUGGACGUACUGUGGACGACAGCGAACAGCGGCGAGCUAAUAGCGACGCCGUGCCCAGGACAACCUGCAUCGAAAGCUGUACUACCAGCAUUCGAUGGUAGAGCAAUUCGAGCGGAAAACAAACUCGGUUUAAUAUUUAAUCGCAUCAUAUCCCAAUCACGACCGACACGGCUUGACUCUGGUCUAGCGUGAAAUCCUCACAGCUAACCGUCGACGGUGUCUACGGUGUCUAAAAACUAUCCCAAAAGGUGUGAAACGAGUGUCAGAACAGGAAACCGAAGCAGGAAAUCAAACCCAAAAAAAAAUACAUUCACCUGUCCAGCGCCAAACGGUGGUGCUAUUCGUUUUUGGGAGACACAGGUGUGAAACCACCUUCGUGCAGAGACACCAUCCUUGCGCUUGGACGUACGUUGUUCUGCCAACGGAACCAUGGAAGCGGUGGCGAAACCCUCCUCGACACGCUCACAGCAGCAGGUGCUGUCGGUGCAGAAUCAGCAGCAAAUUGCGAUUGAAAUUAUCAGCGAAUCGCCAAUCGCACAGCACCAGCAGCAGCAACAGCAGCAGCAGCAGCAACAACAGCCACCACACCAACAGCUGCAGCAUCAGGAGCUACAAGCGCACACGCUGCUGCAACAGUGCCAGCAGCAACAGUCAGCGGUCCCCCAGCCGAACGUGGACAUUGUGCUGCGCGAAUCGACCCGUGGCAAUCUGGUCAGCCGAAAAAAGCCCUCGACCGCGGACGGCACGAAGAGUUCGGGCCACAAGAGCAAGGGCGACCACAAGGGUGAAGGCAAAUCGGUGUACCGGAAGUUCUUCAAGCGCAUCAAAACGAUCCUGGACGGUGCGGAUCCGGACGCGAGCAGCCUAGAACCGGAAGCGGAGGAUCUGCCCGUCCCUGCCCGCUACUAUCCGGACUCGCUCGUCGAACUGACGCGGACGGCGCGCUUCACCGAGGAGGAGAUCAAGCGAAUAUACCGCGGCUUCAAGGCCGAAUGUCCGACCGGCAUCGUCAAGGAGGAAACAUUCAAGGGCAUCUAUUCACAGUUCUUCCCGCUCGGUGCAAGUAGCGGCCAGUACGCACACUACGUCUUCAAUUCCAUCGAUCUUGACCGGAAUGGCUCAUUAAGCUUUGAGGAAUUCGUCGCCAACCUGUCGAUUCUGCUGCGUGGCACGGUCGACGAGAAGCUGCAGUGGACCUUCUCCCUGUACGACAUCAACGGCGAUGGAUGCAUUACCAAGGAGGAGAUGAAGGAAAUCGUAACCGCGAUCUACGAGCUGAUGGGCAAGGUACCGGAGGGCUGCGAAGAGGAGCAAGCCAUCAAGGAUAAGGUCGAGCGGCUGUUCGAGAAAAUGGAUCGCAACUGUGACGGCAAGAUAACGCUGGACGAGUUCAUCGAAUGCUGCACGAAGGACGAAAGCAUCCGCCGAUCGAUAGCCGUGUUUGACACCAUCUUCUAAACCAUCCCAGCAUAUCGCACGUGCUUCAGCUUUGCUAGGCCCUCGUCUUUAGGGUGGGCUGCGGAUGAUGCAAUAUGAUCCUGUCCAUCCCACCAUCCACGAGUGGCGUAUAGAAGAAACCUUCAAUUUUUAAGAAGCAGUUGGAUAAGCUUCGAGCCAUCCACCAAUGAAAAGAAUAAUGCUAUAUGGGGAUAGCAUGGGGUUGGGGCAGCGAAAAACAACACUCAAAUCUUUAUGCAACUUUUAACCCAAAAUUCAAUGUCAAAACACACCUAUCAAAGACACACACAAAACACACAGAGAUGAUGCUUAAAAUGUUGAAACCCAUUAUUCGAAGAUUCUAUUUCCUGUUACUGUACCGCAUUGAGAGGGAGUGAGUGCAUCCUACUGGGAAAUUGAAAACCCGAAAGCUUUUAGCCGAUGUGUACGAACGAUACGAAUCAAGAACAUAUUUUGAAGGUGUUUAACAAAACCAGAACAUUUAUAUGUAACUAGAAGCACAGUCCUUUCCUACUUCCCUAUUUAAUUCAAAACGUGAUAUUGUUGUUGUAAUCUUAAAAGCUCUUUAAUAUUAUCGCAUCCGUUAGGUGUGCUUGGUGCAAUGCACGUUGCAAAAGCUCGAUUCGCAGAAUCGAGGGAAAUGAUUUAUUGUUGCUGUUUAUCCUUCACUUGUAUCCUUUUCCCCCAAACAAAACUAAUGUUUAGCGAACAUACCAGUACCUUAAAACCCCCUAGAACACUUAAACACUCAAACACAAAAGUAACACCGUCUUACAGGGUUGCUGACUUUCUCCUCUUUGUCAUGGUUUGAAAAGCUUGUAGCUUGUAGCAACAACCAAAAAAAAAGGGAAAAAUCAAAGGAGCCUCUGACACUCCGACACUGCUUUUCACACAGUGUAGCAAGCGUUGAGAUAGCAGUAUGUUAAGAAGCGUUUAAACGUGAACGGCUUUUCCUUCCCUCUCAUUCUUUCCCAGUAACUACUUUACACGUAUAGCAAAGUUGUUCCUCAAAUUAAACUUUAAACCGGAUACGUAGCAUCCGGUGUGACCAUUGUUGUUCCAUAUCUAAACACUUCCACGUUACAACUAAUUCUUAUAUUUACCUGAUCAGAGAACGUGUAAGUGUGUGUGAGAGAGAGAGAGUAGAAGAACAGAAGACAUAUACUCACACUCUUGUUAAACCACACGUUCCUUGACGUUCGAUUCUAUAGAAAUAAUUACUCCAUUCCUACUUUUUGGAGCCGUUACCCGUUACGAGAAUUCCUAAAUACUAUCUACCUAUGGACAACUUUAUCCUCUCCCGCUCUUACACACACACACAGACACAGGUAGACAUACACUAACCUAGAUGUUGUGAAUGACUGGUUUAUGCGGUUGCCGCAAGAUGGCGCGACCAUAUGCCGCCCCUUUUUUGUAAUACUUCCGCCGUUGUUUCUAUUGUUUUGCAACGAUGUCGUCCGUACCUACCCUUUAUAUGCGUAUGUGCGUUGUUAUAGUGCUGUCGUUUUUUAAAACGUGGACACACACAGCAAAAGAAAAACCGGUAAACCAAUGUGUGCUUCAGGGUAUUUUUUUAUUAACUAGGUUGUUUUAUAAUGUAUUGUGUGACGAGAUUAAUUGUUGACGCAUGAUGCAAAGCAAGAACAACUGGAUAAUGACAUUAAAAAAAAAAAACAGCAGGAAUAGAGCAAUGUGUUUUCAAGUCCGGUUUUGUUACAGGGGUUUUCCUAAGGAAAGUCCGUUAGGUUGCGGGCAGGGCAGGAGGGAUAGGACCAUCCGAAACCCACUAAUGAUAAAAAGAUCGAGAGAUUACGGGAAAAAUCAAGGCGCAAAUGAUAACACAAUUUAAAUUAUGCAAGCAAAGUGAAUGAGACAAAAUGUUGUUAUUUAUUCAAUAUAAAACCGUACUCUCAUCCUAGUACAGUAAGUACUCACUCUCUGCAUAGUAUGUGUGUAUGUGUGCAUAGGUUAGAGUGACCGAAUGUGGUGAAUAUGAAACAACACUGCAGAAACAACAAUCCUACCCUUUUGAAUGUCUGAAUGUUUCCACAAUGUCAUUGUUGUCUUAA